AUGACUGCACUCGACGAAUGCCACGCACGAGGCUUCCUUUACAAAGUCACCGGCGGCUGCAACGAUAUCAAACGAGAAGUGAACAGAUGCCUCUCGGGCGAGCGAACCAAGAAGAGCAAGAAAAAUCGUGAAACUGGCCUGGAGCGGCGGGCGAGGAUCGAACAAGUGUGGGCUAAAAUGGACGAGGGUGACUAUUCAGCCUUGGAGAGGUUUACCAAGCGGAAUUAA